AUGGGCAAGAGAUUUUUGUUUACGUCCGAGUCUGUGGGCGAGGGCCAUCCGGACAAGAUCUGCGACCAGGUCUCGGAUGCCAUCCUCGACGCCUGUCUCCGUGAGGACCCGCUCUCCAAGGUGGCGUGCGAGACCGCCGCCAAAACAGGCAUGAUCAUGGUGUUCGGCGAAAUCACCACUAACGCCAAACUAGACUACCAGCAGAUCGUCAGAGACACCGUGCAACAGAUCGGCUACGACAGCUCCGAAAAGGGCUUUGACUACAAAACCUGCAACGUGUUGGUGGCCAUAGAGCAGCAGUCGCCAGACAUCGCGCAGGGCUUGCAUUACGAGAAGGCGCUAGAGGAUCUCGGAGCAGGAGACCAGGGCAUCAUGUUUGGGUACGCCACAGACGAGACCCCAGAGGGCUUGCCGCUAACCAUUUUGUUGGCUCAUAGACUAAACAUGGCCAUGGCGGAUGCCCGUAGGGACGGUUCUUUGGAGUGGCUCAGACCGGACACCAAGACACAGGUCACCGUUGAGUACGAGGAGGACAAUGGCCGCUGGGUGCCGCUCCGCAUUGACACCAUUGUCCUUUCUGCGCAGCAUUCUGAGGACAUCUCCACGGAGGAUCUCAGGGCGGCUAUCCGCACCCACAUCAUCGGCAAGGUGAUUCCUGCGCACAUGUUGGACGCCCAGACCAAGUACUACAUCCAGCCCUCGGGCCGCUUUGUGAUUGGUGGGCCGCAGGGAGACGCGGGCUUGACUGGGCGUAAGAUUAUCGUCGACGCGUACGGCGGCGCUGCCGCGGUUGGUGGCGGCGCGUUUUCCGGCAAGGACUACUCCAAGGUGGACCGCUCGGCGGCUUACGCCGCCAGAUGGGUGGCCAAGUCGUUGUUAGCCGCCGGGUUAUGUAAGCGGGUGCAGGUUGAGUUUUCCUAUGCGAUCGGAAUUGCGGAGCCGUUGUCGAUCCACGUGGAGACGUUUGGAACGGCUGACCGUUCGGACGACGAGAUAAUCCAGAUCAUCAAGGACAACUUCGAUUUGCGGCCUGGUGUGUUGGUGAAGGAGUUGGAUCUUGCCAAGCCCAUCUAUCUCCCCACGGCGUCGUAUGGUCAUUUCACGAACCAGGAGUAUUCGUGGGAGAAGCCCAAGGCGCUAAAGUUCUGA